GGGGGGGGGCUUCAAAGUGAGCGCAAAGGAAAUAUAGUUGUUUGAAUUCCACGACUUUGAUUUAAAUACGUAUUUCCUUUUAAACCUCAUGGGUCUGAAAGAAUUCAUCGACCUAGGGGCUUUUCGGGAUUGUAUUUCCCGGGCCUUUUUGCCUACGAAUCUGCCAUUGCGAAUAUUUACGUUCGGUGGCAGGGAAAUGACCUAAAUAAGGUAAAGUUGUGUCUGUGUGUGCCCGACAAUUUCGUGUAAAGUGAUUUUUAAAAAUAAUUAAGACUUUGGUGUUUAAGACUUUAAACAUAACAAAACGCAGGUAGAGGUCAGUCCCGCCGUGGAGAGAGAAGUGAAUGUGCCGCCCUGAAAGGGCUGACAAGACUUCCUUCCAUUCCCUCCCCUUCCUCCUCCUCCCUCACCCCGCCUCCACCUCCUCCGGUCCCGGGGAAGGGAUCCGGCUCGCGCUGCGGAGAGCAGCUGAGAACAUGGCUGCCCCGGGAGUCCCGGGUGCCCGCCUCUCGGCCCUGCUGCCCGCCCAGACCUCGCUGGAGUACGCCUUGCUCGACGCCGUCACCGCGCAGGAGAAAGACACCCUGGUGUACCAGUACUUGCAGAAGGUGGACGGCUGGGAGCAGGACCUGGCGGUGCCCGAGUUCCCGGAAGGAUUAGAAUGGCUGAAUACAGAGGGUUCCAUUUCUGUCUAUAAGGAUCUUUGUGGAAAAGUAGUAGUCCUGGAUUUCUUUACUUACUGCUGCAUCAACUGCAUCCACCUGUUACCUGAUCUUCAUGCAUUAGAACACAAAUACACUGAUAAAGAUGGACUUCUUAUUAUUGGUGUUCAUUCAGCUAAAUUUCCAAAUGAAAAGGUUUUGGAUAACAUUAAAAGUGCCGUUCUUCGCUAUAACAUCACCCAUCCUGUGGUUAAUGAUGCUGAUGCUUUCCUUUGGCAAGAACUGGAAGUUUCCUGUUGGCCAACUUUGGUCAUACUUGGACCCCGUGGAAACAUAAUUUUUUCUUUAGUUGGAGAGGGGCACAGAGAAAAAUUGUUUUUAUUUACUUCAAUAGCUUUAAAAUACUAUAAAGACAGAGGACAAAUUAAAGAUAAUAAAAUUGGAAUAAAGCUCUAUAGAGAUUCUUUGCCAUCCUCUCCUUUACUUUUUCCUGGCAAAGUAGCAGUAGAUGAUGUGACUGACAGGUUAGUGAUAGCCGACACUGGACAUCACAGAAUUUUGGUUGUCAGCAAGAAUGGACAAAUCCAGCACAGCAUUGGAGGUCCUAACAGUGGAAGAAAAGAUGGAACAUUUUUAGAGUCAACUUUCAAUUCUCCUCAAGGUGUAGCCAUAAAGAAUAACAUCAUAUAUAUAGCUGACACAGAAAAUCACUUGAUAAGAAAGAUUGACCUAGAAACUGAAAUGGUGAGCACUGUGGCUGGCAUUGGAAUACAAGGCACAGACAAAGAGGGUGGAGCAAAAGGAGAGGAACAGCCCAUCAGUUCACCUUGGGAUGUAGUUUUUGGAAUAUCAGAGAAUUGUAAAGAUGAUAUACUAUGGAUAGCUAUGGCAGGGAUUCAUCAAAUCUGGGCACUUUUGUUGGAUGAUGGGAGGCUGCCAAAGAAAAGUGAAUUGACAAAAGGAACUUGCCUUCGGUUUGCUGGAAGUGGACAUGAAGAGAAUCGAAACAAUGCAUAUCCUCACAAGGCAGGUUUUGCCCAGCCUUCAGGUCUCUCUGUGGCUUCUGAAGAACCUUGGAAUUGCUUGUUUGUAGCAGACAGUGAGAGCAGUACUGUUAGAACUGUUUCACUGAAAGAUGGAGCAGUGAAACAUCUUGUAGGAGGAGAGAGAGAUCCCAUGAAUUUAUUUGCUUUUGGGGAUGUUGAUGGAGCAGGAAUCAAUGCAAAGCUUCAGCACCCACUUGGAGUGGCUUGGGAUAAGAAAAGAAACUUACUUUAUGUGGCAGACUCCUAUAACCACAAAAUUAAAGUUGUGGAUCCCAAAACAAAAAGCUGCACCACAAUUGCAGGUACAGGAGAAGCAAGUAAUGUUAUCACCUCAACUUCUACAGAGUCAACUUUUAAUGAGCCUGGAGGCUUAUGUAUUGGAGAGGAUAGUAAUUUGCUAUAUAUUGCUGAUACAAAUAAUCAUCAAAUUAAAGUGAUGGAUUUAGAAACCAAAAUUAUUUAUGUGCUCCCUAUCAUCAAUUUCAAAACUGCUGUUGUUGAUGGCCCAUUUCCAGAAAAACAGAAGCUACCCAAACUUCCUAAAUCUUCUCCAAAUGUUAAGCUUUCACCAUUGACUGUAUCUCCUGGUCAGAAUCUUCAGUUUAUACUAAGAUUAGAUCUUCCUGCAGAAACAAAACUAACAGAAGGAGCACCUAGUUUCUGGUUUCUAACAGCUGAAGGUAAUGAAUGGCUUCUUGAAGGACAGACUCCAUCAGGAGAAAUUAGGAAUCUUUCUAAACAACCUGUGAUAUCACUGCAGAUUCCCUAUAGUUGCUUGUCAUUUGAAUUAGUUGUGUCCAUCUGCGUGUGUCUCUAUUACUGUAGUGCUGACAGCAAUGCCUGUAUGAUGAAAGGAAUUCUAUUUAGUCAGCCUUUACAGAUUGCAAAGACACACCACAGUAACACACCUCCAGUAGAGCUGAGAUAUGUGUUUUAGAUAGUUAAUCCUCCACAAUUCAGCCAGUCACUUUAACUUAUUGCUCACUAUUUUUAUACAUAAACAGAUGGCUUUCCUUCUGUCCCUUAUCACCUAGUGUUUAAGACAAAAUAACUUGAAAUUCAAUUGAAUUUUAAAUGUUAAUUUUCUACCUAUUUAUUAUAUGGAGAAAUAUCCACAUUGUGGGCUAGCUAAGUCCUAAGUUAUUGUUUGGACUAUGGCUCUGUGUGGAGUGUGGCUGUGUAAUAACUAUAUUCUAAAAAGAAAAAUCAUGUUUGAGGUCCAUAUUAGGAUUAGUAAAAUUAGGUGCAAUUGAUAAAAUAGGAAGUGUUUUAUUUAAUAUGCCUUUUUAAAACUCUGUGGUAUCUUUCAGUAAAUCCACAAUAUUUUUCAUAGGAACCAAGAUUAGAUCUGCAAUUUUGUAAAAUAUCCAAUUCCAAAGCAUAGAUUCUUUCUUUCUUUAAUUAAAAAUGGUUUGUCUAUCACAGUAAAAUCUUAAAGAGGAACUUGAUGAACUUAUUCAUUCUUCUCUUCUCUGAAUAUCUGAAUUAAAAUAUAUGUUUAAAAUAUAAAUUUACCUGUUUUAUGCAAAUUGAGUGCUGCUCUUAGAUAUCAUGUUUGCCUUAUAUGAAGAGGAUAGCCAUAUUACCAAAAAAUGCAGAAAUUGCAUUUGGAUGAUCCUUUUUUUGAAAGCUACUCUUUGAACUUAGGCCGAAGUACUUACUAUAGUCAUACCAAACAAUGAAUGUGGUCCAGUAAAUGGUCUAGUUUUGCAAGGAAAAGAAAUUUUUUUGGUUACUAUAUAUAGUAAUGUUAUUAAAAGAAUUCAGUGUGACUGGCAGUUGAAUAGGAUUAACAUUGUUUUUACCUCAUAGACUUUAUUCUGUAUUAAUAUGAAGUGCAAAUAUAUUUGGUUGACGUCUUUUGGUUUCUCUCUUCCAAAAUUAAAAUUCUAUUAAUUUUGCAUUAUUUUUUAAAAAUUACUCUUUAAAUAUUCAAAGUGGAAACAUUCCUCUACUGUCAAUAGGUAUUGUAUUGUAUUGUAUUUGUAUUCUACAAACUAAUUCUCCAUAUUGUCAAAGCUGAAUUUAGGUUGUUCUGAUGAUCUCUCUUUUCUCUUUACUAAAAAGAACAACCUUUGAGAACACUUAGAAAGGUUGCUUUUUUAUUUGUAAGCCAUAAAAGCUUAUUCUUUUAUACUGUUGAAGCAACUGUAAAAUAUGUACUAGGAUGAGAAUGACAUUUUCCCCUAAAUUAUAAUUUUAAAAAUAUCUUCAAGGCUUUUUCCUGACACCUUUUAGUUAAUUGUUGAGCUGGUUUGUCAUAUCUGUUACUUUCUACAAAAACUGAACCUGCACACAAUUUGAUCAAAUGUUUUGUCCUUAAAAACAUUAAGGGAACUAUAUUUAUUGAUUUAGUUGACAAAUACUUGUUGAGUAUAUGGAGAGGCAUGCCUUUUUUCUUUCUUUCAUGAGACUGAAUACCAAGGGAUUUGCAUCUAUGUAACAGUACCAAGAUAUAAAAUAUAAAUAAGUAUUAUUGGCCUAUUUUACCAUGUAAAUUGUCAAUUUGAAAUAAUUAACUGCUGUUAUCUCUCAUGGUUGAAAUUCUAGUAAGGAAUUAGCUUAAUUGGGAAAUUGCAGUUAGAUUGUUUAUUUUGCUAAAUCCAUCCUUUAAAAAGAUUUCAAAAUAUAUAAUAUGUGGGAAACAAUAACCUUGGAUUCUCUGUCUUAUUAGCUCAUACAUUCUUUCAUAAAAUGCAAGAAAUGAACAUUAAUACCAAAAGAUGGCAUAUUAUUCCUAUUGUCUUAGUAUUAGAACUUGGCCAGAAAGAACAGUAUUCUAAAGUCUCACUUGAUUUAUUGUAUUUAUCUUUUCUAGUUGGGACAGGAUGAGAAUAUUCUGGCUCAUUCCUUUCCUAUUCCAAAAGAACAUGGAUCCUUUCAUGUAUUCUCCAAAAUUACACUUAAUUCAGAAGUAUUUUUGAUGGCAAAUAUAUUUACAAAUAUUCUUAGUUAUAUGCUCUCAAAAAGAAUACUUAUUAUAUCAGAAAUAUUUUCUUAUGGUAAUUAUUUACAAGUAUAUUAUUUUUAUAUAAUUAAAAGAUAUUCAAGAUACUUUAUUUUUUAGAACUUUUUUUCUUUAUCUCUUUCAGACUAAGUUUAUGUCUUCAUAUAUCUUUAAAGCAUACUUCUUAAAAAUAAUUAUCACACAGGUAGAUGCAACUAUUUUCUCAUUGAUAACACAUUUAUCAGAGGUUAAUCAAAUUGGUGAAUAAACCACAGAAUAAGUUCUUCAAAACAAAACUAAAAUUCUUAAUACUGAAGAGAAUAGAAGUUUAACAGAUGAUCAGAUUGAAGCAUGUUUCCUACAUGAAGAAGGAAAAGUAGAUGGUUGGAGUAAUAUUUCUUCAGUUUUGCUGUAUUCGUUGCCUUUUGCACAUUUGCAGUUGCUUAAUUUAAUUUGCCCAGUGAUGGUGUUGUUAAUCAGUAACUUUUGAUGAAAAGGAAUGUUAAUAAAUGCCUAUGAUAAGGUACUUGCACACAUUUUUAACAAAAUAAAUUAAUAUUUUUAAAGAAAAGUCUAUAUAGAAGUAGUAUUUAUACAAAUUCAUUCUGCUGAUUUUUGCCAUGUUGGGUUUUUUAAAAAAUCUUUUGUAAUAGUAGCAGCAUUGUAUAGAAUAUAUUAUUAUUAUUAUUAUUGUAUAGAUAGAAGAAAUUAGAAUUUCCUCAUUUUAUUCACAUGAACUUGGUGUUGCUGUAGUUCAUGCUAAAAACAAAUAUUUAUUUUAAAUAUACUGUCCUUUCUUGGUUAAGUGCUUAAUCUUUUUACAAGGAAAAGGCAAUGCUGAUUUUAAACAUAAGAUUGAAAAAAAAAUAGUACACAAUAGGCUGCUGUGAUUGCUUGGCUCAUUUAACAAUUUUUAUUCUUAAUAUUUAGUAAGAAGGCAAAUUGAAAUUCUUGAAACUAUCCUUUUUUUUUUUUUUUAAAUAAUGGCCUACCUACAGAGUUACUACUUUUCCUUAUUUCCAUUUGUUUUUGUGAUAAAUUCAAUUCUAAGUUAAUAAUAUUGAAAUAAAGGUCAGGUUUUAAUACAAUAAGAAAUGAUAUUAGAAAAAACUAAAAACCUCACUAUAUAAUUUUUUUCUUAUCUUCUGAUGCAAAAAAAAAAAAAAAAUACCACUAGUCUAUAUUAAGAUUCAAGGCACUUAUUUCUUAUAUUUAACUGGUUUAAACAUAUUUUUAACUGAAUUGUCACUAAGUUACAUGGGAAGACAGUUUUCAAGUAGAUGAACAUAGUAGAGUAUUCUGUAUCUUUUAGACAUCCUCAAGAUAAACUAUGGCAAAGUAAACACUACUGUUUUGCAGAUUUAAAAAACAAAUUACAUUGAUGUCUUUGGAACAGCUUUCUAUUUUGUGCCUUCUUAUUAACCAGUUUCAGCUUUCCUAAACUGUAUAUUCUGAAGAAGUUUGAAAAUGGGAUUGAUCUUGUCAUUUUUGCUCUUUCAUUAUUAAUUUAGAUACUUUGAGAUCUUUAAGAAAAAAAUUAUUUUGGACAGAAUUUCUUUUUAGUAAGCUGGAACAUAAAAACAGUGAUAUUUCAUUGCAUAACAGUGCCUGUGGAAUCCAUGUUGUGGAACUUAACUGUUGAGUCUUUCUAAAGAGAAUGUCCAAUAAUAUACCAGUCCCCUUUUGCUUAACCUAAAGUAGAUAAAUCUCAUUCUAAAUUUUAUAACAUGUUACAAUUUUAUCUAAAAUAUAGAGAACCAAAUAAGAAAUUUCUCAUAUAUACUUUUCCCAAAUAUUCCCAAAUAUAUACUUUUUCCCAAAUUCAUUUUCCUUUUUUAAAAUUUAGACUCAAAGAUAAAUAUUUUCUUCUUUUAUAUUUUAUUUAAAGUUUUGAUAAUAAUUAAAGUCAUUGUUAGCUAACAGUCUAUCAGUAUGUCUAAUUUUUAAAAUUACUUAGCAAUGAUUUCCGUUUAAAGGCAAUUAAAAAUGCUGUUUUUAUCAUAAUAAUGCUGAAAUUGAACAUUAAUAUUUUAGUUACAUUGUCUUCUAAGCUUUGUUGCUGUAUCAUUCAGAGUCUAAAAAAAUUCAUUUUUAAUGAUUCAUUUCUUAGAUAUUUUGUAUACUCUUUUUUUCCUAAUUUUCAUACAGGGGCCCAGAGUACCAUGAGAGAUUUUACAUCUUGGCAGAUAUAUCCAGUUAUUAUAACCUCACAUUGUGGGAGUUCAAUAACUUUCCAAUGUUAACUGUUCUAACAUUGCUAUUUUAAUUAUCCUUAGAAAUAUAAUUAAGACCUUGUUGAAAGACACAUUUUAAAAUGAAUUCCUGAGCCCAGGAUUGUUUGGAAUUCUUAAAGAGUUUCAUGAAUAUUCAAGUACGAAAGAUUUAAUAAUAGCCAGAGAUCUAGAAACUGUUAAUUGGCCAACCUGUUAACACAUAUGUGGCAUUGUAUAAACUAUUACCCAAAUAAAACAGACAUAGAGGGACUACUUCCACCCCUUGACAACAUACUUCAACAUGUAAUAGUGAUCCUGAUUUCCCUUCAUUACAUUAGGCACUAUUAUAAAAACAAGAUAGUGUUCAUUAAGUUGUGAUCCAAAAUUGUCAAGUUUAGUAUUAAAACCUUUUCAAUUAUCAAUUCUUUGUGCCCAUAUGAUUAUGGUCUUCAUCAGUUUUACCAUAAAGUCCCAUUCUAAAAAUCAGCUUUGGUAUGAGUUGGUGUUAUAUUUAAAGAAUGAUAUUGUGGAGAAAAUUCUGGGAUUAGAAAGCAGAGAGAUGAAUUGCAGUUGUGAUUUUGCCACUACCUGGUUGUGUGACCUCAGGAAGAAUACUUUAUCUUCAUAGGCUUUGGUUCCUCAUCUGCAAAAUGAGAGCCUUUCCAGAUUUAACUUGGAGUGAUAUUUUAUAGUUACAGGCAGUUCAGGAAAAACAUUCAGUUUAUUAGCUACAACUGGUUAAUAAUAAGCAAUAUUCCCUUUUCCUCAUUCUUACAUGACUCACAAUUCCUUACCUGAAAUAAAUGGAUCCUGAGAAUAUGUGUAGCAAUAUGUUAAUUUGGUUUAAAAAAAAAAAAAAAAACUUCUUUAAAAAAAAUUCAUUCAGUAGAGUAAUAUAAAAGGAAAUAAUUUUGAAAGUUAGAGACUUAAUGUCAUGUCUUAACUCAAAAUCAAUGUGAUGAAUAAACUCUGGAUCUUUCUUGUGUUAAAAAUUAAGGUCAGACUAGCUGUUUGUGAUUUGCUGUUUUUCCUGUAAAUAGUUCAAAUAAAAUGGAAGUCUCUGUUCAAGUCUUCACCAUGCACUUCUCUCACUUCCUAACUGUUGAUUUGGUUUAAUUAUUUUCAAAGGUCAAUAUCAUGAAGUGAGAGCUGGAAAGUUAAAACCCCAGAUACUUGUUGUGGAAUGUUUGCGUAGCUGUAGUUAGCCAUUGUUUGAUGUGUACCUCUUCUUCAUUGGCAUGCUGCUUUCAAGUGUAGCAGAGGACAUUUUGUUCUACUAAAAACUCCAGAAUAAGAUAUUUCUAAAUUUACUUCCCUACCUAGACUAUCAAUCUAAUGCUUUAAAACAAAACAAAACAACAAUCAGAAAACACUUUAGUAAUAUGCCCUUUUAACAGUUAACUGAAUUCAUAUGAGUUAGAUUUCUUUAUUUUUGGAUAGCAUGCAUUCUGUAGCUCUCAUUGCGCUGGUGAUCUGUCUCUGUGCAAGUUUGGACUAUUUAGUUUUGUUUGCUUGUUUUACUUGUUUUACAAGUAAACUUGCCACACAUUUGUGUGACAAUGAUAUGGAUAAGACUAAUGCAUUGUGCUUCUCUCUCUCCCCCAAUAACUUAAAAGUAAGUGAAAUCUCAGCAUCUCGAAACUGAAGAGUAGGUAUUUCAUUUGCAUGGUGGUUUCAUUUUAUUUAACUUUUCAUAGCAAAGGCACAAAAUAAAAGCCUGCUUACUGAAGUAUUAUAGGACAUUCAUAUAACUAUAUGAUUGUUAUAGGUAUUUUAACAGUCUUUGUGUGAGUGGGAGAAGCAUGCAGUGGCUUUAUGCACGUAAUGCAUACCCAGUGUUAUAUGGUCUGCAACACUUUGCUAAGCCCCAGAUAUAGAUAUAUUUUUUUUCUCUGAAAGGAUUAAAAUGUCUCCCUAAAUGAACGCUAUUAAAAUCCGUUAUUCAGAUAUACCCAUUUAAAAAAACAACCACCACCUUAUUUUCUCAGCAUAUUCUAAUCCUUAGUCUUUACAUGGCAUACAAAACUCAUUUUACCACUAUGUGCUUAUAUUUGAGGAGACUUACCUAGAUACACAAGCAUCAGAGAAUAACAGGAUGACUUUGUUACCGUGAAUCAUUAUCUCCCUAAACAUAUAUAUCAGUUGACACAGCAGUAGGAAGCUAGCUUGGGAUUUUAAAGUUACUGUAGUAAUCUACAUAUAGAUAAUGGAUAAUUUAAGAUUGACUCUGAUUUCAACUUCUUAUUUUGAAUUGAACAAUUUAAGACAUUGCUUCAGACUGCAACCUUGAACUGGACAAAUUGAGGAGACUUAGACUUUUCCUCUUGUUUGUAUCAUAUAAAAAAGUUUCAGAAUUUAGUUUCAGAGUAUGUAAUUGGACUGCCAUGCUGUCUUUUCCAUAUCUGUCAUUCCAAAGGUUUGAGUUGAAUCUUUUGAUUUCUUCUUAUUAUGAGUUCUCUAAAGAUAAAAUGCAGCAAAAUUCUAUUUAAAUAGAACACUGUAAUUCUAGAUAUAUAUGAUGUUAGAAUUGUUUUAAAGAAAAUAUUUGUAAAGUACUUUAUGUGGACAGAUGAAUAUUUUUAUACUGUACUAUUCAUUUUAAUAUUUUUACAUCUUCAAGCAGUAUAAUAAUGUUAAUGAAGUUGAAAUCUUCUGUGAGAGAAUGGUCUUUAUUUCAACCAAGAGAAGUAUAAAACUGACUGAUCCAAAGUAUAUGCUUAUACUGUAUGCACUGAAAUCUAAUGUCUUUUUUUCUAAAGCUUUGUACUUUUUUCAUUAAACAGAUGACAUAUUUUCUCUCUAAGACCACGUUUCUGUAUUAUUUAUGCCUUUUUGUUGUAUUAAACUGUUUCAUGAAAGAAA